AUGGCCGGCACUGUAUGGAUCAACGAGGAGAAAGCAUUCGUCGUCCGAGUCUCUGAAUGUCUCUUCUUAACGCACUUUCAAAACCUUGACUUGAGCGAAAUUGAUUUGACUGAUGUGGCUAUGGACGACAUCCCAAGGACCUACGCCUCGUUCCUGGCGAAUCGGUUCGGAAUUUCUCUCAAGUCGAUCGAGACCUUUCCAGUUCCCUUUGAAGAUGUUUGCCCCAAACACCAGUCCGAUCUUACAGUCGUACCUGAGCAGAUGAUGGAGUUCUGCCAUUUCAAGUACACCUCCUUCACCGAAUACAAGCCCGGCUGUCCUGACAAUAUCAACCACCUUGUCCAGGCAGAAGCCAAAGCCUGUGAGCUAUUGAUGAAAAACCCUCAUCCAAGCAUCGCUAAGUACUGGGGAUGCCACGUUAUCAAUGGCGAGAUUCGUGCGCUCUGUUUUGGCGAUUACAUCAUGAGUCUCCAUGAUCGUCUCACAACUGGUGUACCACUCGAUGCAAAGCGCUGUUUGAAAAGUAUUCGAGACGGAAUCCUUCACAUGCACAGCCUGGGUCUCAUGCACAAUAACAUCAAUCCCUACAGCAUCAUGAUGGAUGCAUCCGACAACCCUGUCAUCAUCGGCUUCGAUACAUGCACACGCAAAGGAGAAAAGAUGGUCAAGGGGUGGUAUCCGGGCUGGUGCAUCAAGAACGCGAAGACAGGAUCUCCUAAGAAUGACUUUUAUGCACUCAAGAAAUUGGAGGAGUAUUUGUCGGGACAUGAAGAGGCCGUUCAGAGAUAUAGUAGAGAUGGAGAGAAAUGA